CCAACCUCGGCCAUUUGUUGAGUUGUUUCAACGGCAGGCCAGGCAAGUGCGAGACAGAUACGGAAAGUGGGGGACACAAAAACCGGACCUUUCUUUCCUGGUGUAACAGUAAAACCACCUCCUUCCCAAACACAGAUCGCGAUCGCAUGAGAAAUCGCAUUCCAUAUUUCCUCGUUGGAAAUUCUGAGCUUCUCAUAGGUCAAUCACGUUUGCUCCUGACGAAACAUGACGACUUUUCUCAACAAGUCGUCCCAUCGUACCUGCCAGUUUCCCCAGCUCGCGGGGAAAGAUGAAUCGACAAACGUGUGUAUGACGUAAAGCCAACGUGCUCUGAGAUUGAAGAAGUUUGGAUCUGACACAUUACAAAAGAGCUAAAAUUCCUGAAUCCUUCGAAAACAAUCUUCAGUGAAUUAUUCUUUGUUUGCUCCAAGGAUAACGACCACGAUUCGACAUGACCGAGCAAGUUACUGGAGCUAUCAAACACGCAGUCAUGGGACACGGAAACGACAAGAUCGAUCAGCUCAAGGCCAACAUUGUUGAGCCGAGCGAGAGCACCAGAAUCACUUCCGACUAUGGCGUGAAGCAGAACAGUACCGAUAACUGGCUCCGUGUCAACAGUGACGACCAGACGGGGGCCAGUCUUCUCGAGGACGCUUUCGGACGUGAGAAGAUUCAUCGCUUUGACCACGAGCGUAUUCCUGAGCGCGUUGUCCACGCUCGCGGCGCUGGCGCACAUGGCACGUUCAAGCUUUUCGAAUCCGCAGAAGAUGUUACGAAGGCCGGCAUAUUUACCGACACCUCAAGAGAGACUCCUGUUUUUGUUCGAUUCUCAACUGUUUUGGGAAGCCGCGGCUCCGCUGAUACCGUUCGCGAUGUCCGUGGGUUUGCGGUAAAAUUCUACACACAAGAAGGCAAUUUUGAUAUUGUCGGGAACAACAUCCCUGUUUUCUUCAUUCAAGAUGCGAUGAAGUUUCCAGAUAUGGUCCACGCCGGCAAGCCAGAACCGCACAACGAGGUCCCACAGGCGCAAUCUGCACACAACAACUUCUGGGAUUUCGUUUGGGGACACUCAGAGGCCACUCACAUGUAUAUGUGGGCGAUGUCUGACCGUACAAUUCCUCGAUCCUAUCGCAUGAUGCAAGGUUUCGGCGUCAACACCUACACUCUUAUCAACGACAAGGGCGAGCGCCGAUUUGUCAAGUUUCACUUUACUCCUGAGCUGGGAGUUCACUCUCUGGUUUGGGAUGAAGCUCUUAAGCUUGCUGGCCAGGAUCCCGACUUCCACCGCAAGGACCUUCAGGAGGCCAUCGAAAACGGCGCCUAUCCCAAGUGGAAGUUUGGUAUCCAGGUGUUGGAGGAGUCUCAAGAGCAUGACUUCGACUUCGACAUCCUCGACGCUACGAAGGUCUGGCCAGAAGACCUGAUCCCUGUCCGCUACAUUGGCGAACUAGAGCUUAACCGAGUUGUCGAUGAGUACUUUACAGAGACCGAGCAGGUCGCUUUCUGCACCAGCCAUCUUGUUCCUGGCAUCGGGCCAUCAGACGAUCCUCUUCUUCAGGGUCGAAACUUCUCUUACCAGGAUACUCAACUAAGUCGACUGGGCAUUAACUGGGAGGAGCUGCCUAUCAAUAAGCCCGUUUGCCCAGUUAUGAACUUCAACCGCGAUGGUGCCAUGCGGCACACUAUUUCCAAGGGCAAAGUCAACUACUGGCCUAACCGAUACGGUCAUCAGCCCGCUGCGACUGUCCAGGAGGGCGCCUACGUUGACUACCAGCAAAAGAUUGCCGGUAUCAAGCAGCGUGCUCUUAGCAAAAAGUUCAAGGACCACUUCUCCCAGGCUCAGCUCUUCUACAAUUCUCUUUCCGAGAUCGAGAAGGCUCACGUCCAGGCCGCCUUCUCCUUCGAGUUAGACCACUGUGACGAAGCUAUCGUCUACGAGCGCCUGACUGAACGUUUGGGUGUAGUCGAUGGAGAGCUUGCCAACACUAUUGCAGACAUGGUCGGCGGCAAGAAGCCCAUUGAUGCCAAGCCCAACCCCGGAAAGAAGGCCAAGAACCUGAGCCAGCUUGACUUCCUCCCCAAGACUCCCACCAUCAAGUCUCGACGUAUCGCAAUCAUCAUCGCUGACGGUUACGACCCCAUUGCGUUCAACGCUCUCUACGGCGCAAUCAAGGCCCAGAGCGCCCUCCCCUUCGUCAUCGGACCCCGACGCUCCGCCAUCUUCUCCGCCAAUGAGGACUCCUCCUCGUCCAAGGGCAUCGUUCCCGACCAUCACCUCGAAGGCCAGCGAAGCACCAUGUUCGACGCCAUCUUUGUUCCUGGCGGUGAGAAGUCUAUUCAGACUCUUUCCAAGAAUGGCCGAGCUCUUCACUACAUCCGCGAGGCUUUCGGUCACUUGAAGACGAUUGGUGGUACUGGUGAGGCCGUUGACCUGAUCAACAAGGCAAUCCAGCUUCCUGAGGUCUCACUCUCUGAGACAGACGGCAGCGGCGUUGUUGACAGCUAUGGUGUGGUGACUCUGAAGAAUGCUUCACCUGACAGCCUUAAGGAGAUCGUCACCGUGGCUUCCGAUGCCAAGGGCUUCCUGGAGAAGUUCGUGUACAACAUCAGCCAGCACCGUAACUGGCAGCGAGAGCUGGAUGGAUUGAGCACCAUGGUGGCAUACUAAUGAUUUAUUGAAAGAUACCAAUUUAUGUAAUGAACCAAUUUGAAUCUUCAACCAAUACAUUAAUCACAUAAAC